UGGCGCGCGCGGAGCAGGUGCCCGCCGGCCCCUCGCAUGCGGCUGCGGGGCGCACGGUGGUAGCGGCGCGGCGCGGCGCGGGGCGGCGCGGGCUGCGCUCCGCCCGCCCCUCCUCCGGGCAGCUCUCGGGCGGCGGGCACGGCGGCGGGCGCGCAGGCGGGGAGAUGUCGGUGGUGACGGGCGGCAGCAGCGAGGCGGCCGGCGGGGCCGGGGGCGGCGGCGGGCGCGUGUUCUUCCAGAGCCCCUGCGGCAGCCCGGGCCCCUCCCGGGAGGGCUCGGCCAUGGCCUCGGCGGCCGCCGCCGGGCAGGUUCAGCAGCAGCAGCAGCAGCAGCAGCAGCAGCAGCAACAGCAGCAACAGCAGCUGCAGCUGCAGCAGCGGCGGCACCAGCAGGGCAAAGUGACGGUGAAAUACGACCGCAAGGAGCUUCGCAAGCGCCUGGUGCUGGAGGAGUGGAUCGUGGAACAGCUGGGACAGCUGUACGGCUGCGAGGAAGAAGAAAUGCCCGAUGUAGAAAUUGAUAUUGAUGAUCUUCUUGAUGCAGACAAUGAGGAAGAGAGAGCUGUAAAACUGCAGGAAGCUCUUGUAGACUGCUACAAACCAACAGAGGAAUUUAUCAAAGAGCUGCUCUCCAAGAUAAGAGGCAUGAGGAAGCUAAGCCCUCCGCAGAGGAAGAGCAUAUGAUUCUGGAACAGGGUAGAACUGUCUCGGAGACGAAGAAAGGGUCCUGGGAUUUGAACUUCAUGAAGACUUAUUAAACAACAGUUGUCCUUCUGAACAACUUCUUUUUGGUGUGUGUGUGGGGGUGGGGAUUUACUAGACAUUUAUUCAAGAGCGUUUCUUUUCGUUGUUAUUUCUAAAGGUUUUCAAUUUAGUAGCAAAGGUAUCACGACUCUGACUGCAACCCAAGCAAGGAUUAUCAAGGCAGGUAGAGAUGUCCAGCGAUGGACGAAGCUGGGCAGUGCUUUCUGCAAGGACUCAGAUGUUUAGGACCUUAACGAUACAGGGAAUACGGUUUUCUUACAACCAGUUCGGUAAUAUUUUUUUUUCUUAGGUUGUACAUUUGGCUCAGAUGUCAAGUUUCUUUUGUAUAUAUCGACGCAACAAGUUCCACUGUAGACGUGAGUUUUAUUUCACAUGGAUGGGGUAAACUUGUGCUUGUCUUAAGGAGGGGGAGGUCACAGCACUAGGCCUUCUUCGUGGGAGAGCUGUUGACCUUCAACGUUCACUUUCAGCACCAAAGUGGAAGAGCUCAGUGUAUCUGUUAUUUUAAUGAGCUACACUUCAAAAAGCAAAUAUGUUGAGUUGGCCAAGGGCUUAAUUUAUGGACUCUCUGUUGUUUCAUUGGUUAGGACGCUUCGCCAGGUCAUGUACUUAUUGCCUCAUUUGUGGUCUUUUAAAGUUUUAUGAACAUUUAAUUUUGAAGUACUAACAUAAUUUCUAUAAAAAUGCCCAUACUAUCCGAGUAGUGAUUUGUAAUGAAAAAAGGAAGUUCUGUAUAGUAAUAGAUUCUCUGCUUUCAACACACACAAAGAAACAAAACUGUGUCUUAUUCUGUGUGAAAGCAGGUAAGAAGGGAUGUAAUCGGUUGGGCAUCUUCCUCCUUGAAACUAGAUUCUAGUCCCUUUUGUGCCUGGUUAGCAUCUGAGCAGAGUGAAGAGCUGACUGUGGGGCAAGUGCAGGGAGGGGCACGUUUGCUGGCUUGGAAAUGGGAAUGCACUUUGUUGGCUUCUCUCAGUGGUUCAGAAUGGGAACUCGGUGGGCUCCCGGAGCUCGGUGCGACCUUGACCUCCAUGCUUAGAGUUAGGCCUGAGCACCUGCUCUGCCCACUCCGUGAUAUACCAACUCCUUGGAGAAGAAUUAAAAUUCAGAUGCGAUGGGCGCAGGUGAAAGAAUGAGCUCUUCCAUGGACAUUGUCCCUGCGGCCUCUCCCUGGAAACCCCACCUACUGUAAGAUGUCUCCAGGUGUGGCCCUGUCUGAGAACAGGGACCAGGCAUUUUAUAUCAAGGGUGCUUUGAACAUAUUUUAUUUUUUAAACGAACUACGUUUGUGAAUUUUACGUAUACUGGCAAGCUUUUGAAAAUGUAAUUUAAUUUUGUAAUGUUUACCAAUGAUUUAUUUACAAGCUUAUUUACUCAAAUAAAUGGAGCUGCUUACAAA